AUGGAGUGCUGGGUGAAAGUUCGCAUUGGCAAUGGGGGCCAUCUUAUUCGAGGGGCCAUUGUGCAGAUGAGCAGUUGGCAGAGUUUCUGCAAUGCCUCUUUUGUCCGUUAUGAGUUGAUUGCUGACGCGAAUGCACACCACCCACAAGCCAAAGAAGAUUUUGUUCGUACUGUCUACUAUGGGCAGCUCGAGUAUAUCCUUCACUGCACCAUCCCAUCAAACGUCAUAUCCAAAAAUACCGAGCCCGAAACCAUUCUUUUUGGCGUCAUUACCACUUGUGAUACCCAGGGACACGAUGCUACACUAGAGCUGACCUAUUUUAGAAGUUUGACGUCAUACAUUGAAAUCGUGAACUUGGCUGCAAUCUGCACAGUGGUGGGUCGCAUCCAAAUUGGCACCACGAAUCCUCAAUGGGCAAUUGUUGACUGGAGCGGUUCCUGGGCCCACACCGCCUUCAUGGAUGACUCACUGACUGUAGACGCUCUCCAACAAGAUGAACUCUGA